UCCUGGUGUACCUCAUGGAGCAUAUGAAAGACAUGCUUCAUUUUGCAACUGCUGACAAUCCAGUAGAUUGGACCAGAUCAGACCAAGAGCUUGUUCUUAGCGAUAUUGCUGACUUUCAUGCAAUGCAUUACGGUAAAGAAGAGGAGCUACUGAGCAAGAAGUGGAUUGAUGCUCACUACCCGGACGACAUGGUGGAGAAGUAUGAUCUAUGGAGUGCAUUGUUGAGGCACAACCAGCGUGAACAUCCACACAUCUGGAAUCAUGAUGUUUGUACACUGGCACAGGAUAUCAUUGACCACAUUGGACCAAUCUGGCAAGCGUUUGAGGCUUCCACACGUACAUUGGUCCACAAUGAUUUCAACACACGUAACCUCUGUAUACGCCCUGCAUCACAAAGUGUGGAUGGAAAACGUCAUCUCUGCUGCUACGACUGGGAGUUGGCAACACUCCAUGUACCACAACGUGACGUUGCUGAGUUCUUGGCAUUCGUACUAAACCCUGAUGCUCCUCUCAGUGAGUGGAAGAGUCUUCUAGAGCAUCAUAGGCUGGCACUGGAAACAGCUACUGGAUGUGAUAUUUCACAACAGCAAUAUCAAGAUGUAUUUGACCUAGUCAUGUGUGACCUGCUAGUCAACCGCAUAGCACUGUACGGCAUGGCGCAUACAUUCAAGGACUACGUCUUCUACGGCCGACUAGUAGCCGCAACGAGUGGCUACAUCCGUCAGCGUAUGCAGGAAAGUGACACGUUGGUACAAUUCUUCCGCUCCUGAAUAUGUACCAUCGGGUACAAACACCCGCACAUGUCCCUAUCAACUUAAUCAAGUAUAGCUUGGUAGUGUCUGUGUCCGACGGCUGUUCUAGCAGCCACCAGUCAAGUGUCACAGUGGUCUAUAGCACCAUGCAGCAAUGCCGUAGCACCACGUACACUUAACUGCUCAUGGUAGCUGUGUACAUACUGUGGACGUACUGUGUAGGUUUCUGGUGGAAUCAUCCUGGUUCACUAUGAUAUGCAUUACGAGUUAAAAAUCAUGCGGGUAUGGCAUUGUGCUGUGCAGCUAGCCGUAUACCAUAGUAGCACUGUAGCCGGCACAUAGUGCAUAUGUGGCAUGUACAAUCAUGUAUAUGGAUGGUUAGUGGUACUAUUCAUACUUGUAGUCGUAACACUCUGCAAAUAGCUGAGGCAUAUCCGCUCAACGGCUAACUUACCUGCUAGUGUAAUACAUCUGAUGAUAAACAAUCCCUUUUUUAUUUGGCCUCAUGCAGUAUGGCUUUAUGGUCUUCUACAUACCAAGUAAUAAUAAUAUAGGACAUAGCUAACUAUAAACCUGAAUAGCAAUACUGCAUGUCAAAGUAUACGGCAGUCACUACUCUAGUGACUCACCAGAUAUACUCCCCACUAAACUUGAACUUGAACUGCACGGAUGAUAACUUCGGGCCCUUCUCAGCAGUAACUAGUAAUCUCAACAUCGCCUAAUAGUGUACAUUAUCAAAUACCUAGCAUCACCUAUUCCCUCAGCUAAUAGAAUAAUAUCAUUUUCCUGAUCAGUCUUAUCCACCAAUGUGGACAACCGCAUUGAACUGGCAUAUUACUGUCACUCGGCAUAACGUUAGUAACUGAAUACAGUUGAACAUCCGAUUACGGUGUAUUUCAAA